CAAGUGUAUAAAAUACGAUCUGUUUGAGGUUGGGAGUUCGAACCAAACUCGGAAUGUGUGUUUGUGUUAAUUAUAUUUAGGAGGACCUUUGGUUUUCUAAACAGAGCUUUCCAGAGGCAGCCGCUGGAAGCGCCCCAGCAGAAAGAACUUGGCUUGAGGAGAACGCGAUUCCGAGCCAACCAACGGAAUACGCUUACGGCCUUCCUCUGCCUUCUUUCGCCGCCGCCGCCGCCGUCCUCCUGAUACAGCUUUCUCGUCUCGAACGCUUUCUCGCUCCCUCCGAAGGCCGAAGGAGAGAGAGGUAAAAGGGAUAGAGAAGGAUGUCGAAGAGUUUGGUCCAGCCGAUCGGGCAGAAGCGGCUGACGAACGUGGCUAUCGUCCGUCUCAAGAAGCACGGCAUCCGUUUCGAGAUCGCCUGCUACAAGAACAAGGUCCUUUCCUGGCGUUCCGGAGUUGAAAAAGAUUUGGAUGAAGUCCUGCAGUCACAUACUGUUUAUGCAAAUGUUUCUAAAGGAAUUCUUGCAAAAUCGAAGGAUUUGAUUGCAGCUUUUGGCACUGAUGAUCAGUCAAAAAUAUGCUUGGAGAUUCUGGAAAAAGGAGAGCUUCAAGUUGCUGGGAAAGAGAGAGAGUCUCAGCUAUCAAGUCAGUUCCGGGAUAUUGCAACAAUAGUUAUGCAGAAGACUAUCAAUCCAGAAACUCAGCGCCCUUAUACGAUCAGCAUGAUUGAGAGGCUUAUGCAUGAAAUUCAUUUUGCAGUGGAUCCUCAUACUAGCUCAAAGAAACAGGCUCUGGAAGUUAUACGUGAGCUUCAAAAACACUUCCCUAUAAAGCGAUCCCCAAUGAGACUUCGGCUUAUUGUACCAGAGAAGAAUUUUUCUGUUCUCAUGGAUAAGCUUGAUGGAUGGAAUGCACGCAUUGUUUCAAAGGACGAAUCUGGAAAUCAGCAAUCUGUUGUCUGUGAAAUACAACCUGGUCUUUUCCGUGAUUGUGAUGUUCUCAUGAGAAAUUUGCAAGGAAGGUUGGAACUACUGGCUGUAUCAGUGCAUUUGGAGGGGGAUGCGCAUGUAGAUGAGUAUGAUGAUGCUGAAGACCUUCGCUCAAAGUCCACAAAGGAAUCAGAUUCCAUGGUCCAAAUAAGUGAGAGAUUACAGAAGCAGAAGAUUUCUACCGAAACUAGAAGUGAUCAAGAGCAGGCCAAACAGAACAGAUGUAGCACAUGCGAUGCAGUGGUGGGAGAUGCUCAACAGUAUAGGGAGCACUUCAAAUCGGAAUGGCACAAGCAUAACCUGAGGAGAAAGACUAGGCAGCUUCCUCCGCUAACCGCUGAGGAAUGCUUAGCUGACAUGGAAGUGGGUCAUGUGGAAGCGGAUCUGAAGGAAUAUUCUUUCUAAAGUGAGUAAAGUUCAGAUAUGCCAAUUUUUGUUAGCCGACAGUCACACGAGAAGCGUAUUCAUACAUACUUGUGAAGUUAAUUUAGGGACUUGAUUGGCUUGGACGUGCUGCUGCCUACUCUGGUAAAAACGCAAGCAUAGGAAAUUUAGAUGACCUUAUGGAUGAGAAUACUACCCUUGUCUGGCUAUCUUAAAAUAUUCCAGUGUCUUUAUACUAAACCAGUUGCGAUCCGUAUGUAAUUGUGCAAGGAUUUCUGUAAUAUUCAUCCAAGUUUUAUGUUUCUGUUCUCCUCCCUCCUC